CACAUUCUUCAAGUUUCAUUCAAGCAACAAUGGCUUCUUCUUCUUCUUCCUCCACCAACUCACUUCUCAUUUCAACCUUUAUCUUUCUCACCAUAUUCUCACCCUCUCAAGCCCUAAUAUUCACCUUUGUAAACAACUGCCCGUACACCGUCUGGCCAGCUAUCAUCCCCAACGGCGGCUUCCCCGUCCUAUCCAGCAGCGGCUUCGAACUCCGUCACUUCACUCACCUCUCCAUCCCCGUCCCAGACACCCACUGGGCCGGCCGUGCAUGGGCCAGAACCGGCUGCUCCACCGCCAACAACAAAUUCUCCUGUCUCACCGGCGACUGUGGCAACAGUCUCCAAUGCCACGGAGCAGGUGGCUCACCACCUGCAACCCUAGUACAGUUCGACGUACACCACGGUAACAAAGACUUUUCAUCUUACAGUGUUAGUCUUGUCGAUGGUUUCAACACUCCUUUGACAGUUACACCGCAUGAAGGUAAAGGUGAGUGUCCAGUGGUAGGUUGCAAAGCUGAUCUUGUUGCUUCAUGUCCUCCUGUUUUGCAGCACCGUGUUCCAAUGGGUCAUGGUCCUGUUGUGGCUUGUAAGAGUGGUUGUGAAGCUUUUCACAGUGAUGAACAUUGUUGUAGGAACCAUUUUAACAACCCACAAACUUGUAAACCUACUGUGUACUCCAAGUUCUUUAAGGAUGCUUGUCCUGCAACGUUUACGUUUGCUCAUGAUUCUCCUUCUUUGAUUCAUCAGUGUUCUUCACCGGGUGAACUUAAGGUUAUCUUUUGCCAUUGAAACUUGAAAGUGAUGAGGAAAAUAAAACAUGUUUGAGUUGGGUUAUUGUUAAGUGACCCUGUUAAUGGUGUACUUCUUGAAAUAAGAAUGUGGGUUGAGGGUAGAAUGGUAAUUAGGAAAAGGCAAUCUAUGUUUUUAGUUUUUGUUUUAUGUUGUGUUUGGAGAUGAUGGUUGUAUUGUGUGAUUUUUAUUAGUGAAAAAAAGAAGAAAAAAUAUGUCAUUUUAAUUUGUUGUUUGUUAAAA